AUGUCGACCCUCACUAUCCCCUACGUCGCGCAGCCCGACAUGGCCCUCCCGGCUCUCGCCCUCCUGCAGGGUGCCGAGGUCGUCUGGGACGUCAUCUCGGGCGACGCCGGCCAGCCCGACCUCGACGGUGUCAAGGGUGCCGACGCUGUCCGCGCCAAGCUGAACGAGAAGACCCCCGCCGGUCCCUCGCUUCCCCAGCUCCCUAGCGAGUUCACCCCCAAGACUCCCUUCCCCGAGAUCGCUGCUAUCCUCGACGCUCUCGACGACUACCUCGCCUACAGGUGA